AUGCCAAGACAUUUAACGGAAGAAGAUAUAGAUAAUUUAACCUCUAAAAUUAAGUAUUCUUAUUUUGAAGAUGGAAAAGAGGGUUGCGAAAAAAUUCAAUUUUACUUAAAUAUAAGCGAUGAGUUUAAAGAAGAAUAUCAGAUUUAUGAUCUUCGUAAAAUAUAUGAAAAAAUUGUAAGAGCUCUUUGCUAUAUAUAUAAGGAAAAAAAGAAGGACAAUGAUAAAUUUGACAAAGAACUUUGUUGGUAUUUGUAUUAUUGGUUAGGUGAUAAAAUAUAUUCUUUAGUACAAGGUGAUAGGAAAGAGUUCUCAAAAAUUAUUUCCAAGAUUUAUUGGGAGCUGAAUGAAAAUAACCCAGACAAAUUUAGAGUGUGUGAAGAUGUUCAUUACCCAAUUGAUCAAGAUAUAUUUGACAAGAAUAAGAUCCUGUUUGAAUAUUCUAUGUAUUAUGAAAAAAUAAAACUUGAUACAACUUAUGUUGAUACAACAUGUGACAAAAAAUAUAAAGAUGUCUUGCAAAAUUAUAUUGAUAUAUAUAGUCAUGCAUAUGAAAAUUGUAAUGGAAAGAACGGAAAAAUAUAUGAUUGUAGUUAUUUUCAUAAGUUAUUCCCAAAAGAUAAACAUGAAAAAUUAAUUUCAUUUAAUUGUAGGAAACAAAACACUACGGUACCUUCCACAGAAACGCAGCGUGGAUUAGGUUAUGAUAGCUCUCUUUUCACGGAACACACUUCUAAAGGUGGAACUACAAAAACUAUUAUAGGUUCAGUUGUUCCAGUAUUAGGGGGUUCUUUUAUUUCUUUUCUACUAUAUAAG